CGGAAAUUUGAGUUCAGCCCAUUGGAAAAAAUACAUAACUAUUUUAAUUAUUUGUAUUAUUAUCACUAUUAUCCUUAUAUUAUAUAUUCAGUAUUUCAUUUUUUCUCGAACAAUAUUUACCUGAUAUUCAUUUUGGGGCGGGAAUUAUAAAAUUUGAAAUAUAUCAAAAAAUACUACUGGAUAGGAUAAUAAUUAUAGUUUUGAUGCUCUGUUGAUUUAUUUCGGGGAAAGGCAAUUACAAAUCGAUUAGAAUGUGUGAUGGAAAGGAUCCAGAGGAAACUUCCGACUACACCAAAAUUGGUUUAAAAGCAUAUAUGGCAGCAAUUUACGGUGACCAUGAAAAUCUUGACAAACUAUUGGAUGAGUUAGAUGUUUCGCUAUAUGCUGAUGAAUUAACAGGAAUGAUGCCUAUUCAUGCAGCAGCAGCCUGGGGGAAUCCAAAAUGUAUUGAAGUUCUUGUUCGACAUGGUUGUGAUAUUAAUCAAGUUGAUUCGUUGAACUGUUCUCCUGUCCAUCAUGCAGCUAGAAAUGGACACAGUGCUACAGUUGACUGGCUUAUAAGGAAUGGAGCAAAUCUUUUGGAAUUUAAUUUAUUUGGUCAAAGACCCUCUGAUUUAGCUUUGGCUAAUCACUUUCCUGAACUUGCAGAUAUCAUUCGUCGAGAAGCUAAAAAACAAUUCAGAGGUUUGGAAUCUAAAACAGUAAAGACGACAGCUUCUAUAGAGUCGAAGGGAGAGCAUGGUGGUAAAUAA